UAAGUUUAGUCUAUAUAACCAUCGUGAACACACCGAGUAAGUGCUUUUCUUCAUCAUCAAAACACAUCAAGAUCUUCAUGCAAUCUCGAACAAUUCAACGCGCACUACCAAAGCGAAUUCCACUCACCAAAGUACAAACACGCACAAUGUCUUUCUACCCACACGCCUUCUUCUCCCCCCCAGCCCCAUCCGCCUCCACAUUCAGCCCACUCUUCCGCCUCCUCGACGACUACGAUACCUACUCGCGCCAGACAACCCGCCAAAUCGCGCGCGCUGAGAAGACCUUUGUCCCGAAGUUCGACGUCAAGGAGAUCCCAACCCACUUUGAGCUGCACGGCGAGCUCGCCGGCAUCAACCAACGCGAUGUCACUAUCGAGUUCACGGACCCCCAGACAAUGAGCAUCCGCGGCCGCACUGAGCGCUCCUACACCGCCGGUACCCCGCCCGCCGCCAUUGAGGCCGGGGCUCAAGCACCUGCUAUCACUCAAUGCGGCACCACCUCGCCAAAGAGCGGCCGCCACGCAACUAUCGAGGACGAGGAGGGUGAGUCAGCCACUUCCGUCGCGGCUCCAGAAUCGGCUCAGCCAGAGAAGGCGCAGAAGAAGGAGCCCGAGGAGCGCUUCUGGGUCUCGGAGCGCAGCGUUGGCUCGUUUGAGCGUGCCUUCACUUUCCCAGGACGCAUUGACCAGGAUGGAGUUACCGCAUCGAUGAAGGAUGGGAUCUUGAGCGUCGUGGUUCCCAAGGCGAAGAAGCAUGAGAGCCGCAAGAUUGAGAUCAUGUAAAUGGAUGGAAGUGGGAGUUGAAAGGAGUUUUUUAGUUCAAGCGAGAGGUGUACUUUGAAUUAGUUGUACUC